CUUGAUUUAUUCAAGACACGCUCCUCAAAGGUCCACUGAGACAACGGGUUGCUAUAAUGUGCGUAUGGCUCAUUAAGCUCAGGUAAUAAUGAAACAAUGGCAGCUUACUGUAGGUUCGCUCUCUUCAAAGUCUCCUUUUCUCCGAGAAACACUAGAUGGCAGGGCAGGCCAAGCAACAGCCGCCCCACCGAACAGCCGCUCGGUAGACUGAGCUGGGGUCCACCAGUUGUUUCUCCAGCACUUGUGCGGUUCCCAUCGGCAGCUGCUGCAGAGUUCGUUCACUCUGAGGCGUUACUGGCCGAGGAAAGCUCCCAUCCUUCGAGGUCAAGAUAUCCCCUGCGCACCCCGAAGCCCACCAGGACACCCAGUUUCUUCUGGAGGAGCGCUGAGCUGUCGGAGCUGAUUGAAGGACGCCAUGCAUUACUUCUGGAUAUACAGCGUUUGGAUCCCCUUCGUCGCUUUCCUCUUCGGAUUUCAAGGAUUCCCCGUCCGGAGUGUGGAUAUGCAGAGGGCCACCGACAACAUCACCAUCCGACAGGGCGACACGGCGAUUAUAAGGUGUUACGUUGAUGACAAAGUGUCCAAGGUGGCUUGGCUCAAUCGAUCCAACAUCAUCUUUGCCGGUCAGGACAAGUGGUCCCUGGACCCCAGAGUAGAUCUGGUCACUAAAGGACAGCUGGAGUACAGCCUACGCAUACAAAAGGUGGAUGUGUAUGACGAGGGCUCAUACACCUGCUCCAUACAGACUAAGCAGCAGCCCAAGACCUCACAGGUCUACCUCAUUGUACAAGUUCCAGCCAGCAUCUACCAAGUCUCAAAUGACAUCACGGUGAAUGAGGGCACUAACGUGACACUCAGCUGUUUGGCCAGUGGCAGGCCGGAUCCUGCAAUCACUUGGCGACUGCUCAACCCCUCAGCAGAGCCAUUGGACGGAGAAGAGUACCUGGACAUUAUAGGCAUCAUGCGAACCCAAGCAGGCCGUUAUGAAUGCAAGGCCAGCAACGACGUCGCCACUCCUGAUGUCAAAUAUGUCAAUGUGGUUGUCAACUAUCCUCCAACAAUAAAGAAAACCCAGAGCUCGGAGACUCCCGUGGGCCGCAACGGGACCCUGCGGUGUGAAGUAACCGCAGUGCCCACACCAGAGUUCGAAUGGUACAGAGACGACAAAAGGCUGUCCAAUACCCAGAGCAUGACCAUCCAAAUUUCCGGUACUACCACUAGUCUCACCAUUGCCAAUGUCACUGAAGAGGAUUAUGGGAACUAUACCUGCGUGGCCUCAAACCGACUGGGUGUCCAAAAUGCCAGCCUUUUCCUCUAUAGACCUGGGACAGGUAGAGAUAUCAACGGCUCUGCCUGCGUAUCUCAAUCACUGUGGCUCCUGCUAGCCUCCUUCGCCUGCCUUUUCUUGAAGUGUUAAUACGGCCGCUCUCCUCUUCCUAAUCUUCCCCGCACCAUGGCCUUCCUUCCCAUUCGCUCUUCUUCUCUCCAACUCACCGACAUCCUUAUUGCUACCUUAUUACCAACUUUACCCCUUCCCUAGACUGUUUGCAUCAUGAUACAAAAACCUUACGUGCUGUCAAGCACUGCUUACAGAUAUGAAAAGUGAUGGGUUAUGAGUAAAAUGCUAUAGGAACAACAACAAAAAAAAAAAAAACAGUGAAAUGAAGGACAGACCAAGCAAACAGUGCUCUUUUAAAGAAUUGCAUUGUUCUUUUUAAUUUGUAUGCACUUCUUUGUUUCUGCUAUAUCUUGUCUUCUGGGUCUGGACUUGGGCUUGGGAUUUGUUGUGUUUCUGUCUACAUGGGAAUAAAAACAAAGGCAACCCAGCUCACAGGGACGCCAAGAAAACAAUCAUUUGUCUCUAGAAUUACUGAGGACAUGAGUAUAUUUCUUCUUACUCCCUUAGAUGUGUUACGUUAACUUAAAGUGUAGAUUUAACCGAGUGUUUAACCAGUGCUUUAAUGAGAAACAUCUGCCAAAUAUACAUAAAUUUAAAACUAACACAUGUGAAAAUCAAAGGGAACCUGCCGUAGCUGAAUUUGUGAUGAGGUUGGAGCUCGGUAAUAAAGUCUGUACUACUGUAAUAUGAUGCUACUAUGUUGAAACACAGAUAUAGAGUAUUAGCGAGAUAUUCAUUGUUUUUAGGUGCAGGUCAUUUAGGCCAUUGCAAGUAAAGCCCAGAAAUCAAGAAAUCAGUGAAUAGAAACAGCUUGAUUCUUCUGAGUGACAAACCUGAGGAAAUUAGUUUAUCUGGUAAACUGGGAUAUUUACAGCACAUCCUCAUUCAGUGGCUUUGCAACCCUUUGCCUUUAUCCCAAAAAGUAACCCGUUUUUUCUUUCUUUGUACACGCUCACUUGCAAACAAAAGAAACACACAGUAGAUUAUAAAGACGUGCACUGUACAUAGUAAAAUUUUGUAUUACUCUAUGAUAAGAGAAACCGUACUGUGCAGUUUGUCUCGGAGGCUGCACCGCUACGCACGCUGUAGCACGAGCAGUGUUUGCAUUCAGCCGAUGAGUUUUAGGAUCCUAUCGCUCUACUGCUGGAAUUUGGAUAAAAAUGUAUGACACCAAUGAAUGAUUUACUUUUUAGUUCUUCUCUCUCUCUCUCUCAAAAACAUAUGUGUUUUCAUAUGAAAUG